UAAAAAAUAGCAAUGCCCUUGUAAUAAAAAAAGUAUCGAUCUUUUGUCCUCACCCAAACAGAAACUCCUCGAUUUCGUGCUUUUCAUUGCCAAGCAAACUCAGGAUCUACCAAACCCAGAUGAUGGCUCAACAAGUGAAAUUUCAUAUGCCUAACGAUGAUAGUUCAGUGACGAGGACUCGUCGGGCCUCGCCUAACCAUUUAAACGACAGACCCAGCUCCGAGUGUGAUGGUAGUAAUUGCCAGGAGAAGGGGACAAGAAACAGUUUUGUUUCGUGUAGAAGUUUGGAUGAUUUGUUGUCCGAGUGUACUUAUAAAGCUGUGAGGAGGAAGACAUGGAAUGGGUUUGGAAGUAAAACCAGAACUAAUCUUUUUACUUCAGGGAACACUGUAAAGGAUGAUAGUGAUAGUGUUUUUGAAUCUCACAGUGAAAGACAAGAAUGUAGUGAAUCUCUGACUCAAGUAAGAAGAGUUUCUCCGUACUUCCAGCACAAACAAGGGUGUAAUUCUGAUAGUGAGUCUUCUAAAACGCAAAGUGGAAGCAGUACUAGGAAAGCUAAAGUCCAAAGAGUUUCUCCAUACUUGCAGGCAUCAACUAGGAAAACAUGCAGCAAAGCUCAACCUAAAGUCCGAAAAGUUUCUCCAUACUUCCAGGGAUCAACUGUUCCAAACCAGCCAAGAGAUAUGCGUCAAUACUUUAAGGUCGUGAAAGUUUCAAGAUAUUUCCAUGGCCUGUCUGCCCAAGUAAAUGAAUCACAAAAGGAGAUACCAAGAAGGGUGAGGAAAACUCCUCUUGUGAGCCCUUCUCUGUCUCAGUCUCAGAAGACUGAUGAGGCAUACCUGCGGAAAACGCCUGAUAACACAUGGGUGCCUCCGCCAUCUCCAUGUAAUCUACUUCAAGAAGAUCACUGGCAUGAUCCAUGGCGGGUGCUGGUCAUAUGUAUGCUUCUCAACAAAACUUCUGGUGCACAGACGCGGGGGGUGAUAUCAGACCUGUUUGCGCUGUGUCCUAAUGCAAAGACUGCUACAAAAGUCGAAGAGAAAGAGAUAGAGACUCUGAUAAAGCCUCUUGGACUACAGAAUAAGAGAUCCAAAAUGAUAAAACGGUUUUCUCUCGAGUAUCUUCAAGAGAGCUGGACUCAUGUGACUCAACUGCAUGGCGUUGGAAAGUAUGCAGCGGAUGCGUAUGCCAUAUUCUGUAAUGGGAAGUGGGAUUGUGUGAGACCUGAUGAUCAUAUGCUAAACUAUUACUGGGAAUUCCUCAGGAUUCGGUUUAGGUUAUGAGUGGGAAGAAAAUUGUGCUGAUUAUAUUUUCUUUGCUCUGUUUUUUUCUUUUUGUCACAAAUGUUGAAAAGUUGUAAAUGAUAGAGAUCUUAACUUAAUGUUGGUUUAAUCUUA